AUGGCUCCUUCAAUCCUCCUCGAGCAGCCCGCACACGAUAGCAUAUCAAACCCUCCCGCAACCAAAGCAAAUGGGACUGAGCUUCUCGCCAACGAGACUCUUCAUGGCCCUCUUCCUAAUCCCUCAUUGCAGACCACUGCAGAUCACCAACUGAAACAAGUAGACGCCCCGGUAUACGCGCCAAAGCGUGGAGAAGUCCUUCUACACAUCAAGGCUACUGGAGUUUGCGGAUCGGAUAUCCAUUUCUGGAAAACGGGACGGAUUGGGUCACUUGUGGUCGAGGGUGAUUGCAUCCUGGGCCAUGAGGCAGCCGGAAUUGUAUUGAGAUGCGGAGAAGGCGUUUUGAAUAUUAAGCCUGGGGACAGAGUAGCGGUGGAGCCCGGUGUACCCUGCGGAAAUUGUUUUCUGUGCAUGGAGGGCCGGUACAAUCUCUGCGAAGACGUAAAAUUCGCCGGCGUUUACCCCUAUCGUGGCACCCUUCAGAGAUACAAAGUCCACCCGGCGAAGUGGCUACACAAGAUUCCGGAUAAUGUCAGCUUCGCCGAGGGCGCGCUCCUUGAACCGCUCUCCGUCGUCAUGCACGGCAUCAACAGCUCGCGGCUCGGUCUCGGCCGCGCAGCCCUGAUAUGCGGUGCCGGGCCCAUCGGCCUCAUUGCACUUGCCGCAGCUCGCGCAUCCGGUGCUCAUCCGCUUGUCAUCACCGAUCUGGAGCCCCGCCGCCUAGCAUUCGCGAAGGAGUUUGUACCCAGCUGCACGACGUAUCAGGUAGAUCGGUCUCUAGAUGCUGAAGGGAAUGCCAGAGCGAUACGGAAGUUGUUCGGCCAGGACGAGUGUUCUGCCCCGCAGACAGUCUUGGAGUGUACGGGUGUAGAGAGCAGCAUUUGCACGGCUGCGUUCACAGUAAGGAGGGGCGGUACGGUCAUGGUGAUCGGAGUGGGACGGUCGGUCAUGAACAACCUACCCUUUAUGCACAUGUCGUUGGCCGAGAUUGAUCUCAAAUUUAUCAACCGAUACCGUGAUACUUGGCCUGCGGGCAUCGCUUGCUUGAGCGGUGGAGUUCUCGAUCUGAAGAAGCUCGUUUCGCAUGUGUUCCCGUUGGAGAACGCCCUGGACGCCCUUCAACUUUGCUCAGAUCUCAGUAAAGGCAGCAUCAAGGUACAGAUAGUUGACGACGUGGACGCUGGUUUUUAA